AUGGCUCUAUGUCUAAUGCCACUUUGUGACGCAGUGAAAUGCCUGGAUUGUGUUGGGAAAAAUUGCAUGGGAGCAUUUUGCGAGGGCGAUUACUGCAUCCUGGGAAUAUACGCACCGCGAUGGGGUACCAUCGAAUGGGGUGAGCCACGAGUGGUCAAAGGCUGCAUUAGCGGGCGAAUGCUCGCAAAAGAUAUAAGGAGUCACUGCGAGACAGCCGACGAGGAAGGCGAGGUGAGCCAGCCAAAAAACUUCCUUUUCAAAUUAUCUAUUUAG